AUGGACAUCUACUGGCUGCUGGUUGAUGCUGUACACGAGGCGAAUGCCUUCUAUUGCAUUCUGAUAAUGGCCACAACCUCAUAUUUGUUCUUCAGUAUCGUAAUCAACCUAUACUAUGCUGUUCUAACUUAUGAGUCAGGUAACAAUAUAAAGUCUAUAUUUGAGUUAAUCUGGGCUUUGGCUAGUGUUAGUUACAUGGUGGUGAUGGUUCGAUCUGCUGCUGAUGUCACUAAGUCAGCUGACAAGACGACGAUGACGAUCUGCAAGACGAUCCAUAGGGAUAUUGAUACUGCUAUGAGGACACAGUUGGAGAGAUUCCUUCUACAAGUAUCUCACGACAGACCUUCAUUUUGUGCACUGCAACUCUUCAAACUUAAAAGCGAUAUCCUAACUAAGGUGGCAGGAGCAGUGACCACCUAUUUGGUAAUUCUGCUUCAGUUUCAGAAUCAGGACGAGGAAAUUUAA